AUGGGCUUAUGGCCACUCGAUCAUGAUGUGGUUCUCUUUGCUUGGCUCGACUUUUGCAAGAAACACGAAAUAGAUUGCUUGGCAACAAUCGAACGAGAAUUGAAAGAGAAGACUGAAAUUUCUCGUUCAAGAGCCGCUGUAUGUACCCACCUCCACUAUAUUGAGUGGAGAUACCGCAAGCCAAAUGAAAAAUGCAGAAUUCAGCAUGAUGAACUCGUGUCGCAUAUUGGAAUUAUUGAGACCGGAUCUCAAGGUUUGCGGUACCCUCCGAAAGAAAUGACUCCGAGAAUCAGAAAUGCUUUACGCGAAUAUGAAAAAGAGUACAGCCAAGAUAGAAUCCAAAAGUUGAUGAAGGUCACAUCCAAGAAUAAGCCGAGCCAACUAAAAGUACAACCCCCUCCUCGAAGCUCGCCUCCAGUGAAGAAGCCAGAAUUUUCAUCAAGUCGCGUUCGAAAAAGGGUUUCACCGCUAGAGGACGGGGAGUAUUCAAAUAAAAAGAGAUGUGUAGAAAAGAACACUAAGUCAAUUCCACCUCAAAAGCAGCGAAGAAAGCUUGAACUUCAAAGGCUUCAGCUUCCGUCUACACUAAAAAGUGCGAAGCUUCAACCGCUGAAUGACAAGUUGCCCACCAAAACAAAACUAUCAAAUGUUCAACCAGAAAUCUCACAUCUUUCCAAAACCCCCUCCGUUGAUGGAGAGGAUGACGACAAAGUUACAGGACCAACUCAGAAACAUAUUGAGGAAGUUAUAUCAAAAAGUCAAGAAAGCUACAAGAAUCGCUUGAAGGAGAAGGAAGCAGAAAUAAUUGCCAUUCGCGAAUACUGGGAUUGCGACAUUCGGGAACUCCACGAGAGAAUUGAAAAGCUUCAACAAGCAAAUCUGGAACUAGAAGCUAAGAAUUCGAGUCUGGAAUCAGCUGUUAUCAAUGUCCGUAAUGCAGGAAGAAAUCCAUUGGCAGAUAUGAUUGGUCAAAAGAACAGAGAAAUCUGGAAAUUAACUGAUAUGAUUCACCGACAGUUUGAGGUAUCAAAUAUCAAGGAGGCACAAUUAAAAUACAUCCCACGUCAAGAUGUUAAGAUUGCGAUGAAGGAAAUUCGUCUGGAGUUAGAAACAGUGACUCAAAUGCAAGAAUUCUCAAUUAGACCGAUUUCAAAAGAUUCGUGCAACGGGGACUUGGACCACUUGGUCAAUUCUGCUUUUGCUUCUGCCGAAGGAUCAAUUGAAGGCAGGAUUCGAUUAAAGAGGCUGGCCUUAAGAAUCGGUUCAUCUGCGGUACUCAGCCUCUUGACCAUAACUGCAUUGAGAGACUGGGUUUUCCUAACAGAUUGUCCACGGGUAGAGUUGGGAUCUUUGAGCCGAUGGGAUGAAUUACGAUGUUACGAUUUCGGGGCAUUCAAGGAACACAUGAAAAAAUCAUACUUUAAGGAAGAAUUGAUUCGUACCGCCAAGCAGCUUUCGUGUCGGUUGUCAAGGAAAUUAAGCCUUAUAUUCGGCAAAAGUCUUGAAGAUAUGGUAGAGAAUGUCUCCUUUCACACGUGGGGUGAAGACUUGGAAUCCUGGAAAGAGAGACAACACCACUUUGAAAAGCUUUUUCGGAUUGCCUUGGAGUUGAAGAGUGACUAUAUAAUCACGGAUGAUACCUAUACCUUCGAAUUUCUUCUGAAUGAGACACACGCCAACAAGCCAUUUGAUGAAUCGGAAGCUCCUGAAGGUUUUUGGCUGCGAUUUUCUAUUGGCGCAUACAAAUCGAAAUCAUUGGUGACUCAGGAUGAAAGGGUUAGUGCGCUCGUCCAAACACGGAAUUUUUUAUCCUCUGUAACUGACGACUGGAUUUGCGACUACCGGAAGGACCUAUAUCUCAGUAUUAAUCGAGCACAUAAUCCCGAAAUCAUGUUAUCGCAUAGCAGAGAUUCAAGUAGACUCGCUGGGAGAUCUCGGACUGAUAGUCAAAACCUAGAGCAGGAGGCCUUUCAACCAGAAGAGCCUGGAACUUGUAGGCGAUGUAAGGCAUGUCGAAAAGUCUGGCCAACGAUAGCUGCUUUGAAAGAACACAACAGUAAGAAUCAUAACGAAGAAAUUGAAGAUCUUGUGUCUAGCACGAGUGAUCAUUUGGAGCCACAGCCAGCAGCAAUUCCCAUUUCACACCGAGAGACUAAAUCGAACGUGGCCAUUGAAGAAGGUAUAUGUGAGGAGGAUGAUAUCGAGGAGAAUGAUCUCGAGGAGGAUGAUGUCGAGGAUGAUGUCAAGGAUGAUGUCGAGGAGAAUGAUGUUGAGGAAAAUGAUGCCGAGGAGGAUGAUGCCGAGGAGGAUGAUGCCGAGGAGGAUGAUGCCAAGGAUGAUGCCGAGGAGGAUGAUGCCGAGGAGGAUGAUGCCGAGGAGGAUGAUGCCGAGGAGGAUGAUGCCAAGGAGGAUGAUGCCAAGGAUGAUGUCAAGGAUGAUGUCGAGAAGAACGAUCUUGAUUUGUACUCCGCAAAAGCCUUGGAAGUUUUGAGUAAUGGAGAGGCAGAUCAUCCCCGCACCAAAAAAUCUCGAACAUGUUCAAUUAGUGAGAUACCCAGCAGCAUCGAUUUCGAGCAAGAAGAAGGAGAAGAACCAGGAUCGGCAGGAUCAGUCCCGUGCCUCCUUUCUACAAUUGAAACAGACGAUGUCAACCUUUUACCUAAAGGAAAUAGGACUAGUGGCGAGGAAAUUGACUCCGCUUCACAAGAAACAGAAGGCGAGGGACUAAUGACCUCAGAAAUUAAACACGCGUGGGAGAAAGUUGAGUACGGCGAAGGGGAUAUGGUUGGGUCUGAACAUUAUAGGCAUCAAUCUAAUUCGCAGACAAUAAAAGAACUUGACUGUCUAAUCGAAAUAGAUUCGGAUACUUUUGACACCAAAGAAGACGCGGCUCUUGAUUUAUAUGGACAAAAAAAUGAAGCCGAAUCCGAAAGUUCAAGUACUACUGAGGGUUACGACACCUCAAACAUUUUAUUCGAAAGUCCUAGACUAAUACCUGAAAGACGCGCAAGCCAAUUGUUUUUGGUAACCACUGAGGACAAAGAGGCCGCGGAUGAAGAUGCGGAUGGAUACAGGAGUCCUGAAAAUUUUAUUGCGGAAGAACCCAAGAGUAUGAAUGCCGCUGAGGGAGAGAGUACCGAGUUGGGCGAACACCACGGUGGUGAGAUCAACUUAUAUGAUGGGAAUAUUGGAGUUGACCAUAAUGACGACGACCAAACAGAAGAAAACAAGAACUAUGAAAGUCAUGGUGUUGAUGACGAAGAGGGUGUAAAAUUGGACGAUGACGAUGGCAGAGAAGCCCCAGAUAGUAGCUUCACUGGGGGAAAAACAGACGAAAACGAAAUCAUUAACGGUACAGGGACAGCUGAAGCAAUGAACGGAAACAUCAAAAACAUCAUCAGGGAAAUGUGUGAAAAGUAUACCGCUUGGAUUACAGUCACCACAAAUGAAACCACGGAAGUAGCGAGCAACGAAAGCAUUGCGGAUAUAUUCAAGAAACUUUGCGAAGAUUUCACAGGUGGUGAAGUCAAUAUAUAUCAGACUCCAGAAGCAGAUAGUGAGAAGCCCAUUGACGUCGAUGAUAUUGCAUAUCAUGAAGCACAGGAACCCGAGGGGGUAGAUGUCACUACGAAGCAGCAUAUUGAAGACUAUGUCAACAACACUGAUAUGGCGAAAGACGAGAGUAAAAUCGAAGUCGAGAAUAAAGAUUCUCUCCUGGAGCACAAAGUCGAGGAGGAUAGAGUCAUGGAUGAGGAUGCCGACGUUCACGACGAUAUGACUGCUGGAACAAAAAUCGAGAAAAGCAUCGAGUUUUCAACCAAUGAACGAAAUGACACGGAGAGUGACCAGCCACUCGCACGAGCAAAUCAGAGCGCGGACAAGUCAAUUGGUCGGAAUUCUCCUGUGAAUAAGGUGCAAGAACAAGACUCGAGUCUUGGGAAUGAAAGCAACUACGGUAGGCCUUUGGUGUGGCUUUGUGACCGUUUCAGCAGGUCGCAACAACAAGGCAAGUCAAAUGGUGCGGACGUUCAACCGGAAGUACAGUUGAAAGUGCAAUCGGAGGUGCAAUCGGAGGUACAAUCGGAGGAAAAGAAAGAUUUGGAACUCGAGGAGGGCGAUAUCGAUGAAGUACAAGUCGUUCCCACGGAGUUUGCAUAUGAUUGA